UUGAAGCCUGUUUUCUUGGUCAAGUGGCUAACCUUUGAGCCGCCGUUCAGGGACCACAUGGCAAUUAUCGAUGGUCGUUUGACUGUUUGCUCUUCAAGUACGUCCGCUUCGAUCACAUUUGACUACAAUGCUGACAGCGGCAUCCCUGGUCCGUCCUGUGUGGUUUGUGGUGAUCCCAUUCGAGUUGGCAAGGCAGCUGCGGCCAUUGAUAUGAGCAGCCAUGGGGCGCUGUGCAAGCUUGCAGCGGAUCCAAGGCAUGGAGAUGCCCUCUGCUGCCAUAUCAUGCACGCAUGGUGCGCGGAGUAUUUGACCGAUUCGUUGUGCCCGGGUUGUACAGAUCCAGCCAGCCCCACAGCAGACACAGCGCAGAUUCCUUUGCCACCGAUUAGGCGCAUCGGCUUUGAUGUUGGGGGAGUCAUUGUGAGACACCGCGAGGACAUGGACUUGGACUCUGGAGUGGACACAGCUGGGCUGUUAGGAGAUGAUUAUUUGCAUGCACAGGCCACUGCGGGUGCGCUGGAUACACUCGCAGACGUGGUGAAAAAGCUUGGGCGUGAGAACGUGCACAUCAUCUCCAAAUGUGGAGCAGAGACUGAGGCCAGGACACUUGAGUGGAUGGAAUACUCUGGCUUCUUUGAGAAGACAGGGAUUCAAAGACAGCAUGUGCACUUCUGCCGGGAUGUGAAGGACAAGGCCCCCCUUGUAGCCAAGCUGAAGCUGGAUGCCUUCGUUGAUGAUCGGAUUGAUGUGCUGAGGCCUAUGCUAUCUCUAGUUGGGGUACGCCCUUUGCUCUUCAUGCCAAAACAAGAGACACUUGGGCAAUCGCCAGCAUUUUGGAUACCGAGAAUCGAAAAGCUGGCUGGCUGGGAAAGUGUGCGCGCACUUUGCCUUGGCCUGGGUACAUGAUCUAGUUCAGCGAUUGAGGGAACUUUAGGGUUGAGAGUUUUUUUUCGACUGGAGUUUGCAGAACUCGUAUGCUGAAUGCCGCGCUGGGCACAGUGAUGUACAGUUGGGUUAUGUUGAGUUUAUAUAUGUACAGUCUCGACCGAUCUCGACCACGUUGUUCGCAGAUGGGGCACCAAAGAACAAA